CUAUGAUGUCGCAUAUGCUUAACAUUAAAGAGACGUGUAACGAAAUGUCUAACACUCUGACUGAUCAAAACAACAGAAUUAUUAAACUUCGAAAGGAAAACAUGUCCCUCAGAGAAAAGGAGCAAGAACUACGCAACUCUGAAUACAAAGCUAAAAUAGAACUUAAGCUUUUACAAACGGUCGUGAAUGAAAAAAACAUAAUCAUAACUGAAUUGAAAGACCAACUGUCUCGAUUUAAAAACAUCGAUGGUAAACUUGGAAACAUUAACAAAACUGUUAACAAAAUCCAAAGUAAUACUGAAAUAGAGCAUACUGCACAUGUAGAUCUCAUUAAUAAAGUACAGCACAUGUUAUCUACCAUUCCUGCUAUACCCCCUUCCCGAAGCAGGUACCUUUCGGAUGCUUCUAAUACCAUUGAAGAUACGACAAGUCAACGUCGCCUAAGUGAACCUGCCCUACUCCACACCAACCAAGCUCCGUGUAAACCAGCCACGAAACCUACAACUCAAGGGGCUUCAAACGUUCCACAAGAUAGCCCAUCAGCAGAACAACUGAGUAACGACACAGAGUUUAACCAUGGCCAACUCGAAGACUCGAAUGACUCUGCUUACUCCCAUGACCCUUUAAACAAGCAUGAACAAACCGACAAGGCCCGUUGCUCUUCUGACGUCAAUAAACCUGAAGAGGGCCAACAUACAGUACGUUCCCUCCCCAAAGAUACGCUGAUACCCGUAUCAUCACCCAACUCCCAUUUUCAACACGACAGAGCAACAUCAACUAGAGUGCAUUCCAAUUCGACCAGUGGUCCAAAAGGCCAGCCACAAUCGCCUGAUGAUUACGCCCAGAAACGACGAAUUACUUCACCCAAACCUGUGCUUAAUGGCAUUUGGAUGCGGGCAGUUAGAAGUCAUGAGUCGUUGCAAGAACAAACCCCACCCACAAGCGCUGACGGAUUCUGCGGUGUUCCCUUUAAAAAACGGCCGAAAGUCAAAUGGUUUGUCCUAUCACGAGUGCAAGCAACUGAUCUUACAUUUAACGAGAUUAAACACAAAAUAAUUUCAUUUGCUCGUAGAAAACAUGUGAACAUAACAUUUGUGAGAUCUCUCAAGUAUCAUGAACAGACGCGAUACAAUCCUGCAUGGUACACACUCAGAAUAAAUGUUGACGUUAGAGACUAUAACUACAUGCUAGAUGAUGACCAGUUCUGGCCAUCACACAUUCAUUGCAGGGAAUGGCAAACCAGAGACCUUAAAAGUGAAUCCUAUGAUGGACCAGCACCCGACAAACUAUGGGGGGAUCAAUCCCACUUUACACUAUUUUAUAUUUGAUUUAUUGUCUCACAUAUUACGUAAUGUCAUUGACAACUCUUAAAGUAUUGUCAUGGAAUGUUCAAGGUAUUAUGCACGGCACACCAUAUCUGUGUGAAAAGCUUCGACUUAUAGAUAUAUGUAUUCUUCAAGAACACUGGUUGUAUCCAGACAACAUUCAGUAUAUUAAUUCUAUUGAUUCUGAUUUUGACAGCGUUGCUGUAUGUGAUAAUGAUUUAUCAAUAGAUUCUGCUAGAAGAUAUCGCGGUAAAGGCGGUGUAGCUAUUUUGUUUCGCAAAAAUCUCAAACAGAUCUCUGUUUUAAAUUACAAUAGCGACAGGAUUUGUGCGAUACAGAUUAGCUUUCCAGCUGAAUUAGUAUAUUUAAUAGGUGUAUAUCUUCCAUGCAGUAAUA